AACUGCCCGAGAAUUUGGGGGCCCUUUCCAGCCUUUCAGGAGCAUGGAGAGGGCUCGGCCUGAUCAUCACGCGUAGCAACUCCGGGCCACGGCCGCCAGGGGGCGGUGACCGUGCUUGGAACUGCAUGUGGCACCUAUUCUGGUCUGAUUGCACCAGUUGAAAGCCAAAUGUCUUCCAGCUCUACGGACCUCAGAGCACAGCUUGGGGAACUGUGAGCCUGGACGACUUUGGGACGGCAGGUGCUGGAGGUGGAUGAGGCAAAUCCAGGCUAGUUCACACACUCCAAGGCAUUCUAACUGGAAGCCUGAAAAACUUGGUUGGGUCUAACAAGGCUGAGUUUGUGACGCUUUCUGGUUCAGAAUGUCUUGAUAUAACCAGAAGCAAAGAGGUCAUGGCCGGCCACAUACUUCCGAAGGUUCCUGAGGAAACCACCCUGAGAAGAUAGACUGCCUUAGUGCCUCAGGCACUGGCAGCAAGCAGUAGGAGAGGGAGUCACUGAUAGACCUCUUCAUGUCCAGUGUGAGGUUUCUCCUAUUGCUUUUCCCAGCACCUGUCCCCAUAUCUGCCGGCCCUCGAGGCUUUUUCCUUGGAGUCUCCUGACCUUAACUGGUACAACCAGUGGCUUUCAUGUCAAUAUGCAAAAUGGAUAUUAGGCUGAGAUUAUAGAAGUGGAGAGAAGCUAAUGGUGCCCACCCAGAGGCUUGGGAUCCAGUUGGAGGUGUGUGAGUGAAGGAGUUACAGUGUGGCAAAUGGGCCAUGGAAGCCUUUAAUCUCCCAUUCCUGUGUCUACCUUGUGAACAUGAUCUUGGUGACUACCUCUGAACCAUCCCCUGCCUCUUGCAGGUCUUCCAUAGAAGCAUCAGGAGGAGUAGCUUGACUGUAGGUCUAACAACGGCCGAGGGACCUUGAUACCUUUCUUAGUCCUUUGGUGGUCCAAGUGAUGACCCUUCCUCUCUUCAGACCCUGCUGUAGACAUUUGAUUCUGUCUUCUCUGACACAGGGGAAUGCAAAUUAUAGGGCAGCUCUUCUUCCAUGAUUUUUAUCUUAUGUAGGUUCCUUAUCAAUAAGGCACCUGCUUAGGUCCUCAGUGACCCCUAUUUCCUUGAUAAGGAUAAGGUCUGCAGCAACUCCCUGGUGAGUGAUUGCAUCUGAGCUAUAGCUGACAGAGUUUUCACCUAGUGGAUAGGCAGGGGGAAAUGAAAGUAACAGCUCCCAUCACCACCUACCUCAUACAACCCUGAGACCUAAAAUGGAAGCCUGAAAGAGGAAACUUCAGGGGCCGGAGUUAUUUAUUGGCCAGGUAGCCUGAUAAAUCCUAGGUUAAGGUGAAGUUUAGGGUUCAGGGUCUGAUAUUCUAGGGCCAAGUUUAGUGAAUCAGUCGGUGGAGCAGCCCUAUAUGUUGACAAACCUGGAAUCAGGCCUUCCCUUUCUGAGACCAGCACAGUGUUAGCUUCCCACAGACCUGAUAGAGCACUCAAAGAACAUGUUAGGAUCCCUCUGUUGUGAUCAGCCAGCCAAACUUGUACACUGAUUCCCUAGGACCUCUUGACUCUGCAUCUCUGCCCAGAACAACUUUAGCCUCCCAGAGCAAUCCUAGGGCAUAUCCAGCCAACCACCUGAGUGAGGAGGCAGAGGGACAAACUCUAUAAACACAUACACACGUACAUGUAGACAUAGACUCUUCUUGCUCCAGGUAUCUAGUAGGGAUGUAGACACAGCCAUAAAUUACCUAGUGAGAAGAGCUGCCUCCAAGGUGCUCCCAGAGUAGCUCCUGUUCAGGUGUGUGAAAUCCACUUGGAAGCUUCCUUUUUCCCAAUCACCUGCCAGACUGUCUUCAUGCUGGAGGCCAGCCACAUAGAAUGAGGUUGCCAUAAGGCCAACCCACCCCUGGAAGAGAAUCCCAAGGCCAGCAGAACCUCUCUGAUUAGAUCUUAAGUCAGUAAAGGAAUUUCAGUUGAGACUGGGACCAAACCUUCCCUUUCUCUCUAUGCUGUGGGCAGGGAGGUGAGUGUGUCCCCUGCUGACUGAUGAGGCCUGGGUAGCCAUAGGACUUACUGGAGCCUCUGUAAGGUGGGGGUAGGACAGUUAUUCUUGGAUGUGUUAGGGUAGAGUUUCAGAUUUGUUUAUCUUUGUAGGAGGCACCUUGGGGCCAGGGGAGAGGCACCCAGCUCAUCACUGACAUUCAGAUCAUCUGGCCUAGAGGGGUCCUCAGAUUUCCUUGUCUUGCUGUGUAUGCAUUUGGGGCACAACUGUAUUUCUUCCAGGAAAUUUUGGGAAAGGUACUAAAGUACAGUGGUCCUCAGCAAGUCCAGGCUAAUGAGCAUACUGGCUGACACUGAAAUAUUCUUCACAACAACUGGCCUGGGGAUUGUGCAGGCCAGAGUUAGUACUAUUAAUAUCUGGUGCAUGAGCCCUAACUGGGUGAUCCUCUUAUACAUGUGGCCUUGGCCUCUGAGACUAGCAUUGUAUUCCCUUAGUGCAGUAGGGCUCCUGGGGCCAUCUAGCUGCUGUGCCCCACCCCCUAUAUAUAGUAAGCUACUACUGCCAGCCUAGGGGUCCAACCCUGCCUAGCUCUUCUAUGCUGCCCACAGGAGUGAUUCCAUCCAUGGAGGAUCAGUUCAGGUGGCCAGAAAUCCCAAGCUGUCCUCGGGGACAACACUAGUUCUAAGAGGUAGUGAUAAUCUAACUGCUAGCACCUAGACCACGUAUACCUGGGUCAUCUCACUGUCCAGGGAUACCCACCUCUGAACCUUCUGUACCUACCUGCAUCCUUGGCAAUGAGCAGCCCCCCAGCUUACCCUGGCAUCAGGAUCUCAGGGUGCUGGACUCUUGGAGCAGAAGGCAGCAGCAAUGCAGGGUCCUUGGACAGACUUCUCCCACCAGUGGGUACCGGGCGCUCACCCCGGAAGCGCACCACCAGCCAGUGCAAGUCAGAGCCACCCCUGCUUCGUACAAGCAAACGUACCAUCUACACAGCCGGGCGUCCACCAUGGUACAAUGAACAUGGCACACAGUCCAAGGAGGCCUUUGCCAUUGGUUUGGGAGGUGGCAGUGCAUCUGGGAAGACCACUGUAGCCAGAAUGAUCAUUGAAGCACUAGAUGUGCCUUGGGUGGUCCUGCUGUCCAUGGAUUCCUUCUAUAAGGUUCUGACACAGCAGCAGCAGGAACAGGCUGCCUGCAACAAUUUCAACUUUGACCACCCUGAUGCCUUCGACUUUGAUCUCAUCAUUUCCACCCUCAAGAAACUAAAGCAGGGCAGGAGCGUCCAAGUACCCAUCUAUGACUUCACCACUCAUAGCCGGAAAAAGGACUGGAAAACACUAUAUGGUGCAAAUGUCAUCAUCUUUGAGGGUAUUAUGGCCUUUGCUGACAAGACACUGCUGGAGCUCCUAGACAUGAAGAUCUUUGUAGACACAGACUCUGAUAUCCGACUGGUACGGCGGCUACGCCGGGACAUCAGUGAGCGAGGCCGGGACAUUGAGGGUGUCAUUAAGCAGUACAACAAGUUUGUCAAGCCUGCCUUUGAUCAGUACAUCCAGCCCACCAUGCGCCUGGCAGAUAUUGUGGUGCCCAGAGGGAGCGGGAAUACAGUAGCCAUUGACCUGAUUGUGCAGCAUGUCCACAGCCAGCUGGAAGAGCGUGAACUCAGCGUCAGGGCCGCUUUGGCCUCAGCUCACCAGUGCCAUCCCCUUCCCCAGACGUUGAGUGUCCUCAAGAGUACACCACAGGUACGGGGCAUGCACACCAUCAUCAGGGACAAGGAGACCAGCCGGGAUGAAUUCAUUUUCUACUCCAAAAGAUUGAUGCGGCUGCUUAUUGAACAUGCACUGUCCUUCCUACCCUUCCAGGACUGCACUGUACAGACCCCACAGGGGCAAGACUACGUGGGAAAGUGCUAUGCUGGAAAGCAGAUCACCGGAGUGUCCAUUCUUCGUGCAGGGGAAACCAUGGAGCCUGCACUGCGUGCUGUGUGUAAGGAUGUGCGCAUCGGCACUAUCCUCAUCCAGACCAACCAGCUCACAGGGGAGCCUGAGCUCCACUACCUGAGACUUCCCAAGGACAUUAGUGAUGACCAUGUGAUCCUGAUGGACUGCACAGUAUCCACAGGUGCUGCAGCCAUGAUGGCUGUACGUGUACUGCUGGACCAUGAUGUGCCAGAGGACAAGAUCUUCUUGCUAUCCCUGCUCAUGGCAGAGAUGGGUGUGCACUCUGUGGCCUAUGCAUUCCCACGUGUAAGAAUCAUCACCACAGCUGUGGACAAGCGUGUCAAUGACCUUUUCCGUAUCAUCCCAGGCAUUGGGAAUUUUGGUGAUCGCUACUUUGGGACAGAUGCAGUUCCUGACGGCAGUGAUGAGGAAGAGACAGCCUCUGUGGGCUAGUUCCCAGUCUGAGCUACUCUUAUUUCUAUCAAGCCUCCUGUCUCCUGGUCUGGGAUUGCAGAAACAACACAUUAACUUAUUUGAAUUUAAAAUGUUAUCAGACAUUCAGUUUACACAUUUUAUAAAUCAAUAAAGCUUUAGAAAAUGAA